UAUGCAAUAAACUGACGCUCCUCUAUGCCCUCAUACACACUCAAGGGGAGACAAAGAGAAAGAGAAGAAGAGACAGUAGAGAACCCCUACAGGGAUCAGAGAGCAUAAUCCUGAUUGAAUUUCCGGGCCCAGUUUGGGUGUGGCUUGUGGAUGGGCGUGGCCACAGUUCAGCUCUGGCAGACCAUAAAAGCGCGUCAACUGUGCAACAAGGCACCUGUCGCAGUGACGUCCCUGAACGACUGAGGCAGUCAGAGGUGACUCUUGGUGACCAAGAGACAUGGCUGAAACGGAAUUUCGAAAGUUGGAAUCCGUGUGUGCUGAUGCCCUCGGCACUUCUCCGUCCAAGCCAAAGCAGCCAGGAGAGCAGAAGGGAGAAGAAACAGGAGGAAAGCGUGGACAGAGUCGCCAGGUCAAGGAGCCUAGGCACAUGGGAACUAGGCCAAGCUCGGGUGGUUCGUCCCGCAGACUUCAGCACCACGGCUCAAGAGGCCACCUUGAAGUGAAGAGGAGGGCGAGCUUACCUCCCGACAGAGACAGAAGGAGGCACAAGCCCGAGUCUACCCCAGGAAAACAACACUGGGAAAGAGAUUCCCAUUCCAAGCACACAGGACAGCGCGUCAAGGACAGAAGGUCCCACCCAAGGUCUCCUGUGAGGCCAAUCAAGCGCAGACGGUCUGGAGACACCACUGCAGCUGCAAACAACUCUCCCAAGAGGCGCACACAACAUUUUCCAGAAGCCGGCUCUUCCAGGACACCCUCACCGCUGUCCAGAGUCAUGGCCCGCAUGGGUGCCUUGGAGGUGGCCCUGGAAGAACUGCGGGCCCCAGGCGGGGCCUUCCUGGCUGAGCCCUCGAGCAGCAGGGAGCCCGGGGUCUCACAGCGGGCAUGGCUGUCUUGGCAGCUGUCGCAUGCCGGGGCAGCGCUGCACUGGACGAUGCACACAGUCAAUGCCAUCUUGGCUGAGAGGCUUGGCUUCCCAGAUAUCCAGGGCCUUGGGCCGAACUGAGCGGAGCCCUGCCGAGCCCUGCCGAGUCCUGCCGAGCCCUGCCGAGCCCUACCGAGCCCUGCCGAGCCCGGCGGAGCGCUGCCGAGCCCUGCCGAGCCCAGCCGAGCCCAGCUGAGCCCAACUGAGCCCAGAAGAGACCUGCCGAGCCCAGCCGAGCCCAGCUGAGCCCAGCCAAGCAGAUCCCAGAUGACGACAUGAGAAGACGAAAGAUGAGAGAAGAAAAGGGAAGACAAGAGAAACAGCAUGUCUUGAGCCCAGAUGAGGAGCCAAGAGACUCCACCUCAGAGCCUUGAGUCUGGUCGGCCUCAAUGACACAUAACCUGAAUCUGUACGGUCCCCUGGAAAGAAGAGACACUGGAGACUUGGACUGUGCAAAGAGACCUUCGCUGCUGGUGACUACAUUUCUACCUGCACGAGCUUUCGGGAAAAGACUCUGGAAAAGGACCCAGCUCUUAGAAUGAAAUCGGCAAAUGGAACUUGGAGACAUCCUACACACACUCUCCCACUCCUUUGGACAGGGUCACUCACUCAUGCCAACUGGGGCUUGAAAUUAGUUUCUUUCUGCUGGACUCGUAGGAACUGCCUGAAAUCCAGACUGGACAUGAGAUCAGAAAACGGCACUGCCAUCUACCUCGAACAUGUUCCCUUGGGUAUUGAUCAACGUUGGGCCAACAACCACACACACUUCACCAGACUUUUCCUUCUCAGAGAGUGGGUCCUUGUGCUGGAUUAAGUCUCACCCCUCCUUAAAGAUUUAGGUUGUUGCUAUUUUUAACAUGCAGGAGCAUUUUUGUUUUGUACAGCUUCAUCAUGCCUCUGUUUUUCACUCUUUUGUUUUAUAUUGUAUCAAGAUUUCAUUGACCAACAUAGAAUGCUUGAGAUAUCCCUUCAUCGCUCAAUAAAAUAUGUAUGC